AUGGCUUCUCCCAGCUCGGCCAUCGUGCCCCCUAAGCGGGCCGUCACUGAUUAUCCCCUUAUUGAUUCCGAUCCGCAUCUUCGUCGUGUAUUCGGAUAUGCUCGUCCAUCAGAUUAUGCGGUCGGUGCUGGUGCCGCCGCCGUUUCUCCCAUUGCCUUUUGGGUUAUGGAGCGAGUGAGCCCGUCGCAUACUGCAGAACGUUUCUACGGAUUCACCGAGAACACCCGGGAGGUUGAGAUGGACAUGAGGGAAAUGGUCGACAAAGUGAAGCAGGGACAGCCCCUCUACGGUGCCUCGAAGGUCUCUGAUUACAUUCAGGGUGUGGCUGCACGUAACUCUCGGUACUCGGAGCUGUUCAUCCACGUUCUGCCGUGGUUCAACAUCGUCAACCAUGACCAGCACGGUGUCGACACGGCCAAAUAUUACCAGCAAGCAGAGCGGGAGUUGGAAGCCGAGCGGGUCAAGUCUGCAUGA